UGGAUCGUUCUUACUCGCUUUCCAUUCUCGGGGUGUGGUGUACUAAGCGCCCCCGAUCGACGGUCAGUCAGCAGCUCGAUCGCGACAAAAUCGCUGCACCUCGACCUCGCCCCGGAGUCUGACUCACGCUCAGAUGUCCUAGCUUUCACUCAACGACGUCCACCAUGGCCUCGCCGGAGGAUACCCCCGUCGGACGACGGCUGCAGCUCGUCAAGCACAUCAUCAUCGUCUGUUCUGGCAAGGGCGGAGUCGGCAAGUCCUCCGUCUCGACUCAGCUUGCGCUCUGCCUUCGUGCCACUUCGCCUACGGCUCGCGUUGGGAUACUGGAUGUCGACCUCACGGGGCCGUCGAUACCGCGGAUGCUCGGCUUGGAUAGCCACCCGGUGCACCAAAGCAGCGAUGGGUGGGUGCCUGUCUACGCGGAUGGGAGUGAGGCGCGGUUGUCGUGCAUGAGUGUGGGGUUCCUGCUGAAGCGGAAAGAGGACUCGGUGGUGUGGCGAGGGCCGAAGAAGAAUGCAAUGAUCCGCCAGUUUCUCAGCGACGUGCGGUGGGGAGAGCUCGACUAUCUGGUGAUCGAUACGCCCCCUGGCACGUCUGACGAGCACCUUUCGCUAGUCGAACAUAUGGCUCCUGUCCGCUCGCGUAUCUCAGCAGUCAUCGUGACGACCCCGCAGGCGGUCGCGCUUCUGGACGCGAUGAAGUGCCUCUCCUUCACACGCGCAACGUCCAUCCCUGUCUUGGGGCUCGUCGAGAACAUGAGCGGGUACGUCUGUCCGUGCUGUGGCGAGAUCACCAACGUCUUCUCCACCGAAGGCGGCGAGGAGAUGGCGCGGCGCGAAGGGCUGCAAUUCCUGGGAAGCCUCCCCGUCGACACUGAGCUCGUGUCGCUACUGGACGCCGCAGAGCCUGACGAUCAGGCGUCCAAUGCCGUGCUUGCCGAGGGUGGAAGCCCACAUUCUUUCCGCCUGCUCGAACUGUAUGAAAAGACGUCCACCGCUCCCUUAUUCAGGGCCAUUGUAGAGAGGAUCAUGAAUGGGUUGUCGGCGGCGGAAAGCCGGGAGUGACACUUGAUAUCAUCGAUGGCACUAGCUAAUCAGACAGACUGAAUGUAGCCUUAACCAUCCUGCACUGUAUUUCAUCCGGACGAACACUUUGUUCACUGCUGUGAACAUCGCGAAUCCAUUCCACUACUCGGCUUCCGACGUCAUCUGUGACGGUAAGUGUUACGUGUGGGUACUGAGGAUUCCCGUCGGAAGCAGUGGGAUGAACGACGCG